GAAGCGCGCGACCAAAUGGCGUCAUCUUUACAAGCCGCCGUGCUGUCGUUGUGAGGAUUUCUCUGAAGACUGCCCCCCUGACUUUUUGUUUUGUCUCCCUCACAGAAAACUUUCGGCGUGCGUGCGCUCCUCAUCCACUAUUUAUGUUUCCAACUUCGGGGUGAAUGAGCUCGCGUUUGAAGCCGAUGCGACUCUAGGCGAAGAAGCUCCGCUCAUCAGACCGCUCCGUCAACCGCCUCAUCUGUCCGUCUGCCUCAUCAACACCAGAGCGGAAAUUGGAUGACCCCUCUAAAGUGGAGCCACUAAAACCAGAAGCCUCUUCGUCACUCAUUCAUUCCCCACAUCCUGAGAGUCUUCAAAAGGACACGGAUUUCGACUUUUCCGGGGAUUUCCAGGUGUCGUGAGAGCCACUACUUUCACCCAGCGGCCUGCUGCGGACCCCUGGGUGUGCUCUAUCAUGGCUACCAACAGGGAACAGCAGGUGGGUCACAUGACCAGCUUCCCGCCUGCUGUCUACCCCUUCGCCUUCAACUCCAUGAGAAGCCACUCCCCCUUUGACCUGCUGGCCAACAGCAGCCUGUUUGGGAGAUUCGGUGCUGACCUGCCCAAAGAGAUGGCUGCUCUCUCGGUGGAGACCCAGAGCACCAGCUCAGAGGAGAUGGUACCCAGUUCUCCGUCUCCACCUCCCCCACCUCGUGUCUACAAGCCCUGCUUUGUGUGCCAGGACAAGUCCUCAGGGUAUCACUACGGGGUCAGCUCCUGCGAGGGCUGCAAGGGUUUCUUCCGCCGCAGUAUCCAGAAGAACAUGGUGUACACCUGCCACCGAGACAAGAACUGUCAGAUUAACAAGGUCACACGAAACCGCUGCCAGUACUGCAGGCUGCAGAAGUGCUUUGAGGUCGGCAUGUCCAAGGAAGCGGUGCGCAAUGACAGGAACAAGAAGAAGAAGGAUGUGAAGGAGGAGUUGGUGCUUCCAGAGAGCUACGAGCUGAGUGGAGAGCUCGAGGAGUUGGUCAAUAAAGUCAGCAAAGCUCACCAAGAAACCUUCCCAUCACUUUGCCAGUUGGGCAAAUACACCACCAACUCCAGCUCAGACCACCGCGUCCAGCUGGAUCUGGGUUUAUGGGACAAGUUCAGUGAGCUCUCCACCAAAUGCAUCAUCAAGAUUGUGGAGUUCGCCAAGCGGCUGCCGGGUUUCACCACCCUCACCAUCGCUGACCAGAUCACUCUACUCAAAUCAGCCUGCCUGGACAUACUGAUGCUGAGGAUCUGCACACGCUACACCCCAGAACAGGACACUAUGACCUUCUCAGAUGGGCUGACUCUGAACCGGACUCAGAUGCACAAUGCCGGCUUCGGACCGCUCACAGACCUGGUGUUUGCCUUUGCUGGCCAGCUUCUACCCCUGGAGAUGGAUGACACAGAGACUGGCCUCCUCAGCGCCAUCUGCCUCAUCUGUGGAGACCGUAUGGAUCUAGAGGAGCCUCAGAAAGUGGAUAAGCUGCAAGAGCCUUUACUUGAAGCUCUAAAGAUCUAUGCCCGCCGCCGGCGCCCCAACAAACCUCACAUGUUCCCCCGCAUGCUGAUGAAGAUCACUGACCUCAGGGGCAUCAGCACUAAAGGUGCGGAGCGAGCCAUCACUCUGAAGAUGGAGAUCCCGGGGCCAAUGCCUCCUUUGAUCAGGGAGAUGCUCGAGAACCCAGAGGCCUUCGAUGACCAAACAGAGGGCAAUGAGAGCCCGCCACCUCCUCCACCACCGCCGCCACCCCCACCACCGGCCCAGGUCAAGCAGGAGGCCGAGGACGAGGACGACAGCUGGGCCACAGAGAACGGCAGCGAGCCAUCGCCGGAAGAGGAGGACGAAGAUGAUGACGACGAUGUCGGGGAUGAAGAUCGAGACAGGGGCUCGGACAGUGACGGGGAGCCCUGGGGGGUCCUGGACGCCAUAGAUGGGUCGAGGAAAGGCCUCAUUGGGAGGGCGCAGUGAACAGAGCAUUUCAUACAAACAUGCACAUACAGGUUCAAACACACUCAUACAUAGAGACAUACGACAAGACCUCACUCACUCUCUCACCUCAACAAAAUGCUGGCCUUCCCUUCCUCUCUUUCUCUCUCCGUACUGCACAUCACUGUGUCCUCCACAGCAGAGCACAGCAGAGCCUUAUGUGUACAGACACUUCUAACUCAGGCCACAUGGUCCAUGAAAAGUGAACUACAGAAAAAUAAAGGAGAGAUGACAGAAUGAACUCCUUGCGUAGCCAAGAGAGAAGGUGACAAAAAGAACUCGAACAGUCUCUUUUCUUUUCCACUAUUGUUGUUUAUAUCAAAAUAGGGGAACGGCCAAACCAGACACCAGAACUGAGCAGUUGAUUCCGACGGAUUACAACAAGCACAUUUCUCAAAAGACACAAGAGUACAGGGCAAAACCAAAUUGAGUAUGCUAAUCUUUUGUUUUUUUUGUGGUUAUUGCUUUUGAAUAUUGUUUUCAGUUUUACUUUUUCAAUUUAUGUAUAAGUCCAUACAUAUCUAUAUACCAUUAUAUUUUUGUCUUUAUUUGUUAUUCUGGUUUUUAUAUAUGAAUCCUGUUAGACGAGUUUUUUCUUUGAAGAGCUUUCCUGAGAAGAUAUUCCGAGGGAAAGAAGGGUAAUCAGAACUGGCUGGGUCUUCCUUAUCAGCUACAUAUGCUUAGCUGGGGCUUUUUUGGGCACUUUGGCUCACUGUGGAUGUCAAUGAUAAUCAACCCAGAGGACUAUUGUUAUGUUGCAGUGACUUAAUCAGUUUCUGUUAUCAGGGAAUUGGCAUUAUUCUAUUUUGCUCUCGUUGCAGCUGGCCAAUGCUGUCAGUGCAGAAAGUAAGUAUCUUUGUGCCAAAGUUAGGAAAAGUCAUCUUUGGAGUUUGACUACUGGCAGGGACUCCAUUGAUCCUCACAGCAGCUCACACAUGCACUCAAUCUCACACACACACACACACUCAAAUGCAUACACACACACAUGCAAAGACACCGUUAGGUCUACCCUCAGCUGUUGCAGAUGUGCCAACCUGGCAUGGAGUGCCCAGACAGAUUUACACUUGACCGUAUAUGUAGCACUUUUGUGAUCCUCUGUUCAAGUAAGGCACAUCUCCUCAGCUGAGAGUAGAGUGAGCUUCUAUCUCCGUUAGCAAGUCCAAACUGAUACUAACAUACAGAAUACAAUCAACCUUAGAAAAACUCCCCCAGAUGAUGUCAGUAGACGAAUGCACACUUUCAGCAUGGAUUACAAAAAAAAAAGCAUCCACACAGUAGCAACAUCAUGCAUCAAAGACAUAUGCAAGUCGAUAGCAGGAAUCUUUAUGGAAGACAUUUUGGAAUCAGACUCAGGGCUUUUCAGUAAGGACCAAACCCUAGCUGCUUUCAGGCAUGCUAGAAACAGGCAAUAUUUAUGUGUGUAUUCUUGACUCAGUUUUUUGAUCAGCUCAACCCCUCUGCGUGUACAUAGAAGGUGACAAGUGUUGAGAAACGGCGUGGAUGCCAGUCUGACUCUCCCAGAAGGGGGACAAAUCAUCGUCAUCGCUGCCCCCCCCCGCCCCCCUCGCCUGUGCUCGCGCUGGCAUCCAUGCAGCAAACUGCCUUCUCAUCCCAAAAGCCAUUAUAUCAUCUUGUCUUCUUGUGUAUAUCCUCACUUCUCUUUAAAGGAGCUGUGGAGGAUUAUGUGUUCUCAUGUAUCAUUUCUUUAUUGCCAAAAUGUCUUGGUAUAGGCGAUCAGCUGGGAGAGCACAGCUGAUAUACAGUACUGAGGUUUUUUUCUGUCUCUCUUCGAAGCAAUAUGAACAUUCUUUCUGUAGCGGCGAGAGGUCCCAUCUUCUGAGUAUGGGCAGGUCUCCUCAGUGUGUGUGUGGGUGUGUGUGUGUGGGGGGGGGCAGGGGGGUGAGGGAGGGGAGGCAUGUGUGCGUGAAUGCUUUAACAUGUUUUGAGUCAUUGGGUGAAUGUCCUCAGCACGGUGCUGUCACACAAACUCUUGUGUGAUGACCUCAUCCCUUCUCUCUUCCUGCUGGGCUGUCAUGAUGUUAAUGAUGGUGACGCAGGCAGAGCAUUGAGAUUAUGUUGUUACAUGUUUUUGUUUUUUCAACAUGGCCAAGGUGUUGUCUACCGUCUGUUUAUGUCAACUCUUGUCAUACAAAGAAAAGCCAUAUAAACAGUAAGAGGCACAAUAAACUACUUUUGUGAGAUUA